CAGGCACACCUCCCGUCGCUCGCGCACAGUCGCUUAGUGGCGUUUUAUAUUUGCCAGCUACUGGUGAGUUUUAUACGUUUAUAAGUUACAAAACACAGUUCUGUAGAGGAUUAGCGGAAGACAGAGACACGUGUGGCUCGCCCACCAGCUCUCUAAACUCAGCGUGAGAAGUAGCAGUUGGUGGUUGUUGUCGUUGUGAAAUGGAGCUGUCGGAGCACAUCAAGACCGCUAAUGUUGAAGCUGUUACCCUGAGAAGACCUUUCCAUCCAGCGCUCAGAGGAACUCUGUGCGUUACCAGCCACCACCUUCUGUUCUCAGACAGAAAGGAUGAAGCUUCCCGGCAACUUCUCAUUCUCAUCAAGAACAUCGAUGCCAUUGAGAAAAGUGUCGAGAAUCUUUUCGGAUACCCCAGGGCUGUGGGAUCCUCUGGUACUAUCACCAUUAAAUGUAAGGACCUGCUGGUUCUUCAGUUGGAAAUUCCUGGAAUGGAGGAAUGUCUGAACAUAGCCAGUUCUAUAGAGUGGGACAGGUGGAGAGUCAGUAAAGUAAACUCAGAUUACUCUGUAUGCCCAUCGUAUCCAUCUGCGGUCAUUGUACCUCGUGAGGUGGAUGAUGACAAGCUGAUCCGCUCAGCCAGAUUCAGACAGGGGGGCAGAUUUCCUGUGCUCUCCUAUUGUCACCAUAGGAAUGGAAUGGUGAUCAUGCGAAGCAGCCAGCCUUUGACAGGAGCCAAUAAGAAGAGAUGUAAGGAGGAUGAGCUCCUUCUCCAGGCUGUGAUUGAUGGGUCAGAGUUGGGUUACAUUAUCGAUCUGCGUUCUGCCCAGCAAGCCCAGCAGGCCCGCAUGACAGGAGGAGGUUUUGAGUCUAAAUCCUGUUAUAGCCACUGGAAAAGAAUCCAUAGACACCAUGAAAGGGGUAAGGUUGUGCAGGAGAGUCUUAUUAAGUUGGUGGAAGUGUGCAGUGACCCGUCGCAUACUGUGGACCGCUGGCUCAGUAAAUUGGAGAACUCCAAAUGGCUUUCUCAUGUUCACAGUGCGCUGUCCACUGCAGGCCUGGUGGUAGAGUGUGUGGAGAGGGAUGGUCACUCUGUGCUUGUGCAUGGCUCUGAAGGGACAGACAACACGCUGCUGGUGAGCUCAUUGGCUCAGCUUAUACUAGACCCUGCCUCUAGAACUGUCACUGGCUUCCUCUGCCUGCUAGAGAGGGAAUGGAUACAGGCUGGACACCCAUUCCAGCAGCGCUGUGCUCAUUCGGUGUACUCUCAUGCCCGUCUGAAGCAGGAGUGCCCGUCCUUCCUGCUGCUGCUUGACUGUGUGUGGCAGGUGUGGCGGCAAUUUCCUCUGGCACUGGAGUUUAGUGAGGCCCUGCUGCUCCGACUGGCACAAGAGGUUUAUGCUUCUAACUAUGGAACCUUCCUGUGUAACAGCGAGCAGGAGAGAUGUGCUGCAGGAGUGAAGGAGAACACACACUGUUUGUUUCAGUCCCUGUUGAAGCCUGAUAUUGAAGAGCAGUACCUCAACCCACUGUAUGAACCCACUGAUUUGGCCAUUUGGCCCUCAGUACAUCCACAGUCCUUACAGUUAUGGACAGGGAUGUUCCUCAGGUGGACUAAGCAUGCUCAGAACAUGGAGGAAGCGCGAGAAGAGGUGUGGAGAAUUGUGAAAGAGCACCGUGAGCGAGCUGGACCCGACCGGACCAAUAACACGCUUAGUACACACUGUGACACCUUGACCCCGUUUGAGAACCUCAUGGAUGAGCUGACUAUCUUGUGACCUCAUGGUUGAAAAGAUGUUGUAGAGCCUAUUACUACUAUGUGUUUCUUUGCAAGAAGUUUGUAUCACUGCCAAUCAGAUAUACCGGCAUUUAAAGAGCUUUUAGAUGUUAUGUCAUUUACGAUAGCCAUCAUUGAAUAAUAAUCUGACAAAACGGGCAUUACGGCCUUCUGUCUGAACCUCAAGCAAAAUGCUAAACAGUAAACAGUCUCUAAUAGGGGAAAAUAUGGGUUUGUUGUAUUGUGCUUGAGUAGUUUGUUGUUGAAAUUUACUGUGGUUACAUGAGACAGCAUCAGUCAUGAUGUUUUACACUGUUACAGACAGCUGAAUGUUAAAUAUUAAAGGGGUCAUAUGAUGU